CCCUGCACUCCUACCCUUACCCUGACAAGUCUCACGUUUUUCCCCCACUGUGACCUCAGACUGUUGUCGCAGGCUUAUUUCACUGAAAUUGAAUGGAAUUGAAUGAAAACAGCUGAAAAUCAAAUAAAAAAUCGUCGAAACUGUACGACGGCUUCACAGCGGAUUCCAGCUAAAUUCGCCGGACGACCACCAGGAAAGUUAAAGAGAAGAAAUGGCUGCAAUUGAAGAGCUGUCUCCGGCUUCAGGCCCGGUGUCUACCCGGCCUCCAGAAGACGAGAUAGACGACGACGAAGAUGAAGAUCUGGAUGAGACCCUGGUGGAGAGGCUGUGGGGGCUGACAGAGAUGUUUCCUGACACCGUGAGGUCAGCUGCAGAUGUAUCUGUGCAGUGCUCGGUCUCCUUGUUAAAGAAGUUUUACAGCUUCUCCCGAUCUGCAAUCUGGGUGGGCACUACCUCUUUCAUGAUCCUGGUCUUGCCGGUUGUAUUUGAGACAGAGAGACUUCAGUUGGAGCAGCAGCAGCUGCAACAGCAGAGACAGAUCCUAUUAGGACCCAACACUGGAAUGUCUGGUGGGAUGCCGGGGAUGAUGCCUCCUGCGCCCGGCAAAGCAUGAAGAGCAAGAUAUCAAAACAUUAGUUCAAGUCUCCUGCUUUCGAUACAGCCGGGAUGUCUGCAGUUAGAGAUGGAGAAAGAGAAUGGAACACUGAGAGAAGGCCUGGGUAUCAGCUGUAAAUCAGAACUCAUUCAUUUCUCUCUCUUUGUCCCAAAUGUCAAACUGAGACAUAUGUGUAUGAGCAAUGCAUCUGUAGUCUUGUUUUUUUAAUUAAUUGUUGGGUGGGUAGCAAAUAUGGGUGGGUACAUGAGUAACAAGAGGUAAGACUUGUCUCCAGUCUGAUCCGUGUUUCUGUUCUUAGUUCUGUCUUCAUGUGUGCUUUAUGUUCUGUAUGCAAGGCAUGAUGGUACUUAGAAAUGUCAGAAAGGUCUAAAGAAGUAUGAAAAGUGGGCGUGUUGACAGAGCAGCUUCAUUUGAAAGACUUCUUUUUGUUUUUUUCUAUCUGGAUGUAAAAUGUUCAUAUUUGAGGUUGUUAUGCCUUUCCCUUCAAACUCCACUAGAGAAUUAUUUCUCCACCUUAAAAGAUUAUAUGAAUAAGAUCACUAUAGCAGAGGUCGGGUAUUUGAUUUAAACCAUGUAAAAUCCAUCUUUUUUUUUUUUAUUAUUAUUUCAAGCCAGUUGUCCUGUUUGUGGUUCGGGGUAACUUUAUUAUCCUAGAGGGAAAAUUUGUCGUGCUAACAGUUUCCAUUUUGGAAGCAUAUUACAGUCUUACACUUCAAAAUUUGCCUCUAUUUUUAUUUAACUUGACUGGGGGAAAUAGCGAAAACACCAAAUAAAAUGAAAUAUCAUGUAAA